AUGGGGGAACAAAGGCCAAUGUUCCGUUUCCGUCUCCCAUGGAUGAUGUCUGCACCAGCCCCUCCUCCGGCUGUAACUCCGAGCCCUCCCCGAGCUGUAGCCCCUUCAACUACAUCUCAACCUCAAACCAGAGUCGAGCCUAAUGUAAACCCCACGACGCCUGCUAGAAGACCAUUUAGGCUUUCGGGUAUGGCCCCGGCACCACCACCACCUCCUCCCAUUCAACCUAUUGUUGAAAGCCAAAGCCGAAGUGAGCCUAUUACGAUCACUUCUACCCCCCAAACUUUGCCUCAGGCGUCGCCAAUAUGGUCUCCAAAAAUAUCCGCAAGACAAGAUCCUCGUCCCUUGGCUGAAGUACCACCAGAAACCAAAUCUCAGUCUGAAAAUUCUUUUCAGGCAGCAUUACCACCUCCACUGUCACCUCAACUCAGUGUCGUAUCUCGCCCCCCAUCUCCACGGCAAUUGCCUUCUCAGCUCCCAUCACCAAAAUCCAGCCCUCAGCCCUCGUCACCAGGGCCUAUAUCUUCUAAAUCAAGAGAUGCCUCUCGACCCUCAUCACCAGUUCAUGCCCAACAGCCUCAUUCUCCACGACAGUUUCAGUCUUCUGGCCGGAAAUCUCCAGUCACCUCCUCUCCGUCUCUCACAGCCCCAAUUGUACAACAAACAGAAGGAACAGCAACUAAAAGCCCUCCCCGUGCUGAAUCCCCAAACAUUGAGCCUAAUAUCAACCCUACUACGCCUGUUCGAAGACCAUUUAGGCUUCCGGGUAUAGCCCCAGCACAACCACCUCCUUCCAUUCAACCUACUGUUCAACGCGAAAGCCAAACUGAGCCCCUUGCCGUUCCUUCUGGGCCAGCAUUUCCACUGCAGGCGCCACCACUGUGGUCUCCAAAGACAUCUGCAGUGGUAGAUUCAGACCCUAUUCCCCAACCUGAAGUAUCAGUAGAAACCAAGUCCCAGUCCCAGGAUCCUUCUAAACCAGCAUUACCAUCUGAAACUCAUUCCCAAACUACAUCUCAACACCCAUCACCAUCAUCAUCACCGACAUCAGCUCAGCCUGGUGCCACUCCUCAGCUCCCAUCUCAACUGAGUGCCACUCCCCAGCCCCCAUCACCAUGGCGAAUACUUUCUAAAGAACGAGACACGUCUCAGCUCCCAUCAUCAAAAUCCAGCCCUCAGCCCUCAUCACCAAACCGCCAGCAAUUCCAAAAAUCAUCACAAGCUGAAACAGUCCAACAGCCUCGAUCUCCAUCACAGCUGGACUUUCUGCCUCCGAAAAAAACAUCUCCAAUCACCUCCUCUCCAUCCCUCACAGCAACUGAUGCACAACAAACAGAAAGAACAACAAGGCUCCCUUCUCCACCAAUGAUGUCGACUCACUUGAAGAGCCCACAGCCUUCUGCCACUUCCGAUAAGCCUCUGUCACCAGUAUCCGUAAAACCACAUGUAGCUGUCUCUCCACCACAAUCACCAGAGGAUCAAUCCAAGACAAAACUUACAUCCACUGUAACCUUCAAAUCCCCAACAAAGGUUGCAAAGUCUCCAAAAGGAGACAUAGAAAUGGUCGAAAACACUUCUUUGGUGGCACAAGAACCCAAGGAGAGGCCAAAGACUGUGCAUUUUCCUGGGGCAUCAGGGUUAUCACCGAAUAGCAAAGAGAAGCUAAAGGUUUCAUCUCAGACGGAACAGAAGCAGCUGAAGGAUCAGCAUAUGGUUUCUGGAAAGGAGGCGAAAAUCCCCAAAGCCACCAGCUUCGAAGAAAAACAAACUUAUACCAUGCCUUCACAACAAACAGACAUCAAAAGCACUGUCAGUGAGUCUCGUAAAAAGCCUGUGAUAUCAAAUAAAGAUCAAAUUCCCUUCCAGAAUUCGCUCAGAAACGACAUUUCUAUGUUUGCUCAAAAGAUGGCUAUGGCACAUACAGAGAAUUCCAAGGUUGAACAGCUAGCAAGCGUCGUGGCCUUGGUAGGAAAAAACAAAGGAGCAUCCAUGAAACUUGGUUUCGAGUCACCAAAAGAUGAAGGAUCGCUCAAAACUGAACCUGUUGACGGUACUAAAGAGAAGGAGAGAAACAAAAGAGCCAAGCGCAAGAGAUCAAGCAAUGAAAAUGAUCAAGAAAACCAAAUAACAAAAGCAUUUAUAAACAACAAUGUCCAGGACAUCAAUAACUCCAUUCUGAUGAACAGCUUCAUUACUGAAAGGAAUCCCGGUGUCCACGUAACUCUCAUUUACGAUCCAACAGAGCCCAUCUUGCUGUAUGAUGGUAAAGGGUCAUCCGAGGCACGCAAGGACACCAUCUGA